AUGCCUUCCGCCAAGUUUGAUGAGGUCUACAAGAAGACGCGCGACAUCAAGAGCGGUCCCUCCAACGACGAGUUGCUCAACGUACGUCUCAUUUCCCGCAAUCUCCUUUGUUGCUACCCUUUGGUACCUGUUACUGACAUCAUUACCCUCCAGCUCUAUGCCUACGCCAAGGUUGCUCAAGGCGAGGACAUCGAGAAGGCGCCCAAGCCCGGCAUGAUGGAUUUCACCGGAAAAGCCAAGCGCAAGCGAUGGCAAGAGGUCGUUGACGCCGGAACCUCGCAAGCCGAUGCCGAGAAGAAGUACAUCGAGUUGGGCGAGGGCUUGAUCAAGACUCACGGUUAGAUGGGACGUACUUACGGACCAAAUAACGGGUGAAGCAUGACAACGGUAUAGGCUGGUUUUCUCAAAGAGAAGGAUUGAUGGCAUGAGUCUCUCCGAGGUUCCGCUGACAUGUCCUAUGGGAAUGGAAGCGUCCUGGGUGAUUCAAUCUGUUAUGGGCCUUUGAUGGAGAUGAACCAACUGCGCUGUGGUCUACGUGGAUGAAAUAUAUGACUUAGGACUGAAUGAUUAUCUGUUCAUGACAUGAAAAGGAUGUUCUUUGCUGUGAUAAUAUCGACGAUGGUUACAAUCUGCCUCUUGGCUGUAUCGGAGAUAAAAAACCAGUGACAUUUCACUAGACAGAUUUUACUGGAUCAUCACUGUCUGCUUCCACCAUACCACCCCGUGCGUCGACGCAUACUGCCUGUGUUUAGGACAUCGACCUCGAUAUACAAGCAUCACUCGGAAUUUACUGUCCACAUAUAUACCCCAUAUAAGGUGCGUGUAUGCCCUAAGCUAAAAUUUGACCUUAAAACACGCCCACAAACCUCGUGCCCUUUCUACCACAUCAUCUCUCCUACCCCAACAGAAGGAAAGAAAUAUCCGCAAUCUAAUACCUCGACCACACACACUCCGUCCAAUCCGGGUUUUCAUACGCCAAGCUCGCACACCAUGAGCACCGCAAAGUCC